GGGAGCUGCAGGCGGAGGUGUGGGGGCUGCAGCUGGAUCGCUCCGAGCAUCCUUCUCCAGGCCUGGGGUACCGCGACCCCUGCCAGGCCCGGGCUCAGCUCUCCCCGCCCACCGCGGGGCGGGGCGCACACUCCGAGGCUUGGGGACCGUGCGCGGCUGGAGCAUCCCUGGCUCCUCCACUAGCCUCCGGGUCUCCGGACCCCCCUUUCCGCCGCGGCGCCCGCCGCCGGCUGUCAUCUCCCGCCCGGCGGCGCUUGCCGCAGUCGCCGGCAGCCGAUCAGGACGAGCGCCCCAGGUAGGGAGCGGCGGCCGGAGGCGACCUGGCGACCGGGCGGCCGGGAGGGCGGAACGCGGCGGUGCGCUCCAGCGCCAGGGGAUCUUCCUGUCCGGGCCUGCCCUGCCCCGGCCGCGCGGCCUCCAGUCCGCCGGAUCCCGCGGUGCCUCUGAGCCGGCGGAGACCUGCCUUCCCCGCCGGGGCUGAGCUCCUGCUCCUGGGCCACUCCACUGCAGCCCCCACGCGCGACGGCUGGCGACCUAGAGUCCCCACACGCCCACCCUCUUCUGCAAGUCAGCCGCGGCCCGAGGGCGCGGGUUCACCAUCUGCUCUCACUUCCCCAGCUGUGAGUCUGGCUGGGCGCCCCGCCCCCCAUCUUAGGACAUCCCCAGGGCGUUCUGUCCCUCCCCAGGCCGCUCAGCCAACCCCAGACUCAACUUUAAGGGACUCUGCGCAUCAGGUGCCCCUCCCCAAACUUCCUACCUGAGUGCUCCAGGUGGCCCCACCGUUCGGGGUGACCACACACCCCUCCCUUCCCUCUUCUCUUCGAUGCCCUGUAUUUAAGGACCCUGUCCAUCUUGUCACCUUAAUCUCCUGAGACGCUGUUCUCAUCCAGACGCCCCCCUCCCCUUGGUCAUUCACCCUGUCACCUCAUCCAGCAUACUCAGUCCUCCAUCCCAGUCCCCAUGGUCCCAGAGCCAGGUCCUCUCAACAAUAGCACCCCAGCCUGGGGACCAGGGCCACCUCUGGCCCCAGGGGGCAGCGGCUGGGUGGCCGCUGCGCUGUGCGUGGUCAUCGCGUUGACAGCGGCCGCCAACUCGCUGUUGAUUGCGCUCAUCUGCACGCAGCCUGCGCUGCGCAACACGUCUAACUUCUUCCUGGUGUCUCUCUUCACGUCGGACCUGAUGGUGGGGUUGGUGGUGAUGCCCCCGGCCAUGCUGAACGUACUGUAUGGGCGCUGGGUGCUGGCGCGCAGCCUCUGCCUGCUCUGGACCGCCUUCGACGUGAUGUGCUGCAGCGCCUCCAUCCUCAACCUGUGCCUCAUCAGCCUGGACCGCUAUCUGCUCAUCCUUUCUCCCCUGCGCUACAAGCUGCGCAUGACGCCCCCGCGAGCCCUGGCGCUCAUCCUGGGUGCCUGGACCCUCGCGGCGCUCGCCUCCUUCCUGCCGCUGUUGUUGGGUUGGCACGAACUGGGCUAUGCGCGCACGCCAGCCCCGGGCCAGUGCCGCCUACUGGCCAGCCUGCCGUUUGUCCUCGUGGCAUCCGGUGUCACCUUUUUCCUGCCCUCGGGUGCCAUCUGCUUCACCUACUGCAGGAUCCUGCUGACUGCCCGCAAGCAAGCAGUGCAGGUGGCUUCACUCACCACUGGUAUGGCCGGCCAGGCCUUGGAGACCCUGCAGGUACCCAGGACCCCACGCCCAAGAACGGAGUCAGCCGACAGCAGGCGUCUGGCCACCAAACACAGCAGGAAGGCCUUGAAGGCCAGCCUAACCCUGGGCGUACUGCUGGGCAUGUUCUUUGUGACUUGGCUGCCUUUCUUUGUGGCCAACAUAGCUCAGGCUGUGUGUGACUGCAUCUCCCCGGGCCUCUUUGAUGUCCUCACAUGGCUGGGGUACUGUAACAGCACCAUGAACCCCAUCAUCUACCCGCUAUUCAUGAGAGACUUCAAACGGGCUCUGGGCAGGCUCCUGCCAUGUGCCCACUGUCCCCUGGAGCACCGGGCCAGCCCUGCCUCUCCCUCCAUGUGGACCUCUCACAGCGGUGCUCGGCCUGGCCUCAGCGUACAGCAUGUGCUGCCCCUGCCUAUGCCUCCAAACUCGGAUUCAGACUCAGCCUCGGGGGGCACCUCGGGCCUGCAGCUCACAGCCCAGCUUCUGCUGCCUGGAGAGGCUACCCGGGAUCCCCCACCUCCCACCAGAGCUACAGCUGUGGUCAACUUCUUUGUUAUGGACUCUGUGGAGCCUGAGAUCCAGCAGCAUCCACCCAGUUCCCCUAUGAACUGACCAGGUCAAGACCUGGCCAGCAGAGAGCCACAUCCCAGAGGACUCAGGCCCACUGUGGGAAGUGGUAGGUUUCCUGGGGGCCCUCUGAGCUCCAGCGGGAUAUCCUGAUCUGGCCCCCAUUACUGCUACAGGCCCCUUGCCCUGAGGGGUGAUCAUCACCUCAGAUGCAGCUCUGCAGGGUACUGGAGAGGGGAGUAUAGCUUGUGGUUUGUGUAGCAUGGCCCUGUUCAGCUCAGUAGGAAACCAAUCUGUCCUUUGCCUAGUCUCUCGGGAUAGGUGGGAAGAACAGUUCCAUCUGGAGACCCAGGAUCUACUUAUUUAUUAUUUUUAUUUUAUACAUAUGAGU